AUGGCUCUCCCUUCCCUUCCCGCCCUCGCCGCCUCUCUCCUCCUCCUCCUCCUCGCCGUCGCCCUCGCCUUCUCCCGCCCCUCCCAUCCCCCUAUCCCCACCACCCUCGACGGCCCUUUCCGCCCCGUCACCGUCCCCUUCGACCUCAGCCUCCGCGGUAACGCCGUCGACUUACCCGACUCCGAUCCCAGAGUUCUCCGCCGCGUCAAAGGCUUCGAGCCCGAGCAGAUUUCCCUCACUCUCUCCUCCUCUCACGAUUCCGUUUGGAUCUCCUGGGUCACAGGGGAAUAUCAGAUUGGGUACAAGAUAAAGCCAUUGGACCCCAAAAGUGUCAAGAGUGUUGUUCGUUACGGCAAGCUGAGGUAUCCACAGACGCAUGAAGCAACUGGAUAUUCUCUUGUUUACAGUCAGCUUUACCCUUAUGAAGGCCUCCAGAACUACACGUCUGGAAUCAUCCACCAUGUUCGUCUUACAGGUUUGAAACCCAAUACGAAGUACUUUUAUAGAUGUGGAGAUCCUUCUAUACCUGCCAUGAGUGACAUUUACUAUUUCAAGACUAUGCCGGUCCCCGGUCCCAAGAGUUACCCGAAGAGGAUAGCAAUUGUGGGAGAUCUUGGCCUUACUUACAAUACAACUGCCACAGUUAGUCACUUGACUAGAAACAACCCUGAUCUUAUGUUAUUGAUUGGUGAUGUUACUUACGCGAACUUGUACCUCACGAAUGGAACUGGGUCGGACUGCUAUUCCUGCUCGUUUGGGAACACUCCGAUACAUGAGACGUAUCAGCCCCGAUGGGAUUACUGGGGAAGGUUUAUGCAUAAUUUGAUUUCUAGAGUUCCAAUAAUGGUGGUAGAAGGGAACCAUGAAAUAGAAGAACAGGUUGACAACAAGACCUUCGUGGCGUAUAGUUCUCGGUUUGCAUUCCCAUCUGCAGAAAGUGGAUCCUCGUCCCCAUUCUACUACUCGUUUAAUGCAGGGGGGAUUCAUUUCAUUAUGCUUGGAGCCUACACUCUCUUUGACAGAUCAUCGGAGCAAUACAGGUGGCUGGAGCAAGAUUUGGCCGAGGUGGACAGAUCCACGACUCCAUGGCUGGUAGCUACUUGGCAUCCACCGUGGUACAGUACCUAUGUAGCCCAUUACAGAGAGGCAGAAUGUAUGAAACUGGAAAUGGAAGAGUUACUUUACUCUUAUGGCGUUGAUAUAGUGUUCAGUGGACAUGUCCAUGCCUACGAGAGGUCAAAUCGAGUUUAUAACUACACAUUAGAUCCCUGUGGUCCUGUGCAUAUCACUAUUGGUGAUGGAGGUAACCGAGAGAAGAUGGCAAUCAAACAUUCUGAUGAACCUGGUCAGUGCCCACAGCCAAGUGAUGAUGAAUACCUGGGUAUGUGUGCAACAAAUUUUACUUCUGGUCCAGCAGCUGGUAAAUUUUGUUGGGAUCGGCAACCAGAUUACAGUGCUUUCAGAGAAAGCAGCUUCGGCCAUGGGAUCCUUGAGGUGAAGAAUGAGACUUGGGCUUUAUGGACAUGGUACCGAAAUCAGGACUCUGAAGAUAAUGUGGGAGAUCAAAUUUACAUAGUGAGGGAACCAGAUAGAUGCCAUGUCCAGCAGGUGGUUGACAGUUGGCCUGUUGAUCUAUGAUUUGCACUGCUGGGAAUUUACUCUAGUUUCUGAUGUUGCAUAAGCAUCGAGUUUACUUGUCAUAGAUGGAAUGAUGGAAGAAGCAGCUCAGGCAGGAGUAAUGAAGAAAUUCUUCAGUGUCACUGAGAUUGUGUUUUUAAACACAUAAGACAGAAGGGGAGUUACAUCUUACCCUCAAGAUUGUCUACUACUGGCCAUCUUUGUAUUCUCUUACAUUGAUAUACAACUGCAAUGACUGUAAACUACAGAAUCUCAUUCAUAUAUCCCAAAUAUAGACAUGAUUAGACAAACGUUAAUGAAUUUUAUCUAUUAUACAAGAUUGAUAC